AUGGCCGUGAGCGGUCGCGGUCGCGAAGUGGCAGCAGUCGCCGGUAACAGUAAGCAAUGCGUUCGUCAGGCGGUGGCGAGAUUGCUGGCGGUGCUGUGGUCGGUGCUUUGCAGUGGCAGUGGCAGUUGCAGCAGUGGCAGUGGCAGUGGCAGUGGCAGUGGCAGCAGUGGCAGUGGCAGCGGUGGCGGGUGGCAGUGGCGAGUGGCGGCAGUGGCGGUGGCAGUGGCAGUGGCAGUGGCAGUUGCAGCAGUGGCAGUGGCAGUGGCAGUGGCAGUGGCAGUGGCAGUUGCAGCAGUGGCAGUGGCGAAGCGGCAGCAGCUGGCAGUGGCGGUGGCGGUGAGCGGUGGCGGCGGUGGCAGUGGACGGUGGCGGGUUGCGACGGUGGCGGUGGCGGACGCCAGCGGUGGCGGUGGCAGUGAAAUUGGCGGUUGCAGCAGUGGCGGUGGCAGUGGCAGCAGAACGGCAGUGGCGGUGGCGGUGGCGGUGGCGAAGCAGUGGCGGUGA